CAUUCUUGUUUGUUAUUAUUUUUCUCCCAUCAAAUAGGAACAACUUUACUGGUUAAAAUUAAGAAAUGGAGCAGUGGGAAGCUAUUAUAGAGAAUUUAGAGCGUCCGCCGGUUCAGUGCCACCGUACGUUCGAGAAAAUAUUGGAAACUGCAGCAGCUUUAUUGAGUACCGCGGCGACACAGCUCGCCCCUUUUGAAACAGAAUGGCUGGUGGAGACUCUUGUUCACUCUCCGGUGGAGCUCUUGACAACUGUGUCCCAGAAGCGAAGCGACGAGGUGUGGCGCAAAGCUGUGGUAGACGCUCUGAAACUUAUGGCAAGCGUGGCCGGAUUGUCUCAUAAAUACUAUGAGCAGAUUGUUGAUAUUUGUCUUCUAAACUACGACCCAGAGCUUCGUAAGCACGCUCUGGCGUGCCUUGCCGAGGUCGCUAAACAUUCGGACGCUGCUACCAGAGACUUUGCAAGACACGUGCAAGCGCUGGAAGAGGCUACACAGUGCCGUGCACCUAUAGCAUUGCUAGUUGGUGCACUGUGCGAGCACCACCCCGCCGUCGUUUGCGAUGAGCUCACUCGCAUCUGGCGCGGGUACCUCAACAUGCUCGACAACAACAAGAACACGGUGAGACUAGUGGACAAAUCCUAA